AUAUUUAAAAAAUGAGACAUUUAUAAGAAACAUUGAUUGUGAAGAAUACUGAUUGUAAAGGUUUUCUCCCAAUAUGAUACUCACUUUACAAAUGACAGACUUUAAGCGAUAUGCCUGGAGCCGCAUGGCUAGUAAAUGUUUGAGGUUACAUUUGAACCCAGGUCUUCCAGAAUAAAAGGAGAAUAUAAGAUUCAUUGUAUGACAAUUGCAUUUAAAUGAGUUUAACUUUAAAAAAAAAUCAGACCUAUGAUUUUAUCAGUAUAUUAGUAUAGGAGUACUGGGAACAGACUUCCUUUUUCAGUGUUGAUAAAUACAAUUAAUUUAAUCAAUGAAGUUAUAAUAAGAAUUGUUAUUUCGUGUAGUGUUUUACAUAUCUUUAUCUCAUUUGAAACACAUAACUCCAUAAGAUAAGAAUUUCAACUGUUAUUAUUUCCAUUUGGGAAAAAAAAAAUAAGAGGAAAGGGUGAGAUUAAAUGAUUUUGCCCAAAGUUACAAAACUCUUAAAUUACUAAAUUGUUACUUGAACUAAGGUCUAUGACUCUAAAUCCAGUAUGUUUUCAAAUAUACCACUAAGACUCCUGUUUAUAACUAGUGUUUUCUUCUUUUAUUUAAAAAAUUUCACCAAUAAAAAAUGCCUUUCCUUCUCUCUGCCUCUCUGUUUCUCAAUCUCUGUCGGUAGGUCUUUGUCUCUCCUUUCCCCUUCCUCUUUCACCCUCUCCUCUCUCUAAUCAAAGUGUAAUCCUGCUACCUCGUUUACUUGACCUUAAAGAGGAAGUGGGAGUCUGCAGUCUUAUGCAGCCUUACCUCCAGUUCUCUCUUACUGCUUUAUUGCUACAUAUCUGAACUUUUCCCUAUUUUUCUCUAGUUUUAAAUAACACUCUAUGGUAUUUGUACCAAAAAACACAAAGCCGACUUUGCUGCAGCAUAGUUGACUCCAAGUGGCUUAGGAAGGAGGUGCAGGAGCGGAUGGGGGGAGGGGAUGUCCAUACAGUGAAAGAUUAUGCAAAUUCUUCAGGAACUUCUAAUCAAUCAUCUCAGUGUGAAAUGAAUACAGCUGAUCCCGGAAUUAGUUUCUAUUGGAAUAUUUUGGUGUGAAAUAUUCCACUCUCAGAAUGACAUCACACCAGAUCCUAGUCCUUGAAAGCCUGGAGAAUGAUUAGCUGCAGGAACGGGCUUUUUCUGCCAAUCAUAACCCUGCAAGGCUGCCUAUGACAGACUGUGAGGGAAGGAAAGAAGGGCGAGAUUCGUAAACUGACUACAGCUAAACAAGGAGGCGCAGCGGCGGCGGCGGCGGCGGCGGUUGCUGCUGCUGCUGCUGCAACCAACAGCAUCUAGAAUCCGGGUGAUUAAAUAGUUCUCAUAGGCUUUAUGCUAUAUUGUGAAUGCUUCCUUAUGCGAUUCGCAUGUUCAAGAAGGAAGCUGUUUUUAACGGCGUUCUGAAUAAGGGUUUGGAUCCUUCCAGCUGUCUGCUUGUUGUUAAAGGACGUUGUUUGUGAAAAAAAUAAAAGGAGAUUAUGCAAGAAGAGUUCAGUGACUAGGAGCCGGAGCUGAAAGAGUCUUCCCUGGAUCUUGUUCAGACAGAUGGUGGAAACUGUAUACUACUCCUGCUUCACUUGAAAUCAAGUGAGUCUGAAUACCCGAGCUGUCUUUUGUAAAUACUGGAUAUAUUCGUUAGAAAGGCAGGGGGAAAAGGGAACAUUUCUUCUCCAGAUAAUGUAUAGAGGCUUUCACAUCAGUCCUUCAUCUUGGCUAUAUUUGAAGAAGCUUAUUUCAAAUUUGUGUCUCAAGGUCGGUGGAGUUCCAGUUUUAACUGUUUUGUGACUGUAUUCCUUUCUUACAUGUCUUGAAAUGGUCACAUGAACUCCUGCAGAAUGGUAUUUGCACCAUAUCACCUUCUAUUCACUAAGACACUUUAGGAGAUACUAUUAAAAAGAAAUUCAAAAAUAAUUUUUAAUUUAAAAAUGAAUCUCAUUGUGAAGGUUCGAAGAAGCUUUCGAACAUUGAUCCUUCUCUUAGCCACCUUCUGCUUAGUAAGCAUUGUCAUUUCUGCUUAUUUUCUCUACACGGGCUACAAACAAGAGAUUACACUUAUUGAAACCACUGCAGGAGCAGAAUGUGCUGACUUCAAACUUCUACCCUACCGGUCAAUGGAAUUGAAGACUGUCAAACCUAUUGAUACAUCAAAGACAGACCCAACAGUUCUCUUAUUUGUGGAAAGCCAAUACUCUCAGCUUGGUCAAGAUAUCAUAGCCAUCUUGGAGUCUAGUCGAUUUCAGUAUCAUAUGGUCAUUGCUCCAGGCAAAGGAGACAUACCUCCUCUUACUGACAAUGGCAAAGGAAAAUAUACUUUGGUUAUCUAUGAAAAUGUUUUGAAAUAUGUUACCAUGGACUCAUGGAAUCGAGAGCUUUUGGAAAAAUAUUGUGUGGAGUACAGUGUUAGCAUAAUUGGUUUUCAUAAAGCUAAUGAGAAUAGCUUACCAAGUACAAAGUUAAAAGGUUUUCCCUUGAACCUUUAUAACAACAUAGCCCUAAAAGAUUGCUUUAUAAAUCCUCAGUCUCCUUUGUUGCAUAUUACCAAAGCACCAAAGUUUGAGAAAGGCCCGCUGCCUGGUGAAGACUGGACUAUUUUCCAAUUCAAUCAUUCAACCUACCAACCUGUUCUCUUAACAGAGUUACAGACUUCAAAACUCUUUGAAGUUCCCUUAUCUAGCACUAAUGGUUAUGCUACAGUGAUUCAGGACUUGGGGCUUCAUGAUGGGAUUCAGCGUGUCCUUUUUGGAAAUAAUUUGAACUUUUGGUUGCACAAGCUCAUCUUCAUAGACGCCAUCUCUUUCCUGUCAGGGAAGAAGUUCACAUUGUCAUUGGACAGAUAUAUCCUUGUGGACAUUGAUGACAUCUUUGUUGGCAAGGAAGGAACAAGGAUGAAUGUCAAAGAUGUAAAGGCAUUACUAGAGACUCAAAAUUUACUGCGCACUCAGGUUGCAAAUUUUACCUUCAACCUUGGAUUUUCAGGGAAGUUUUACCAUACAGGAACGGAAGAGGAAGAUGAAGGGGAUGACCUCUUGCUGCGAUCUGUGGAUGAGUUCUGGUGGUUUCCUCACAUGUGGAGUCACAUGCAACCCCAUCUCUUCCACAAUGAGUCAUCUCUGGUGGAGCAGAUGAUUCUCAACAAGGAAUUUGCACUAGAGCAUGGAAUUCCUAUCAAUAUGGGCUAUGCAGUGGCCCCACACCAUUCAGGGGUCUACCCAGUACAUAUACAACUUUACGAAGCUUGGAAAAAAGUCUGGGGUAUUCAGGUCACAAGUACAGAAGAGUAUCCACAUCUUAAACCUGCACGGUACAGACAAGGCUUCAUCCACAAUGGCAUCAUGGUGCUCCCUCGACAGACAUGUGGAUUAUUUACCCACACAAUUUUCUAUAAGGAAUAUCCAGGAGGACCUCAAGAAUUGGACAAAAGUAUCCAAGGAGGGGAACUUUUUCUUACUAUCCUUCUAAAUCCUAUCAGCAUCUUCAUGACCCAUUUGUCCAAUUAUGGGAAUGACCGCUUGGGGUUAUAUACCUUUGUGAACUUGGCCAACUUUAUUCAAAGCUGGACUAACUUGAGACUGCAGACUCUGCCUCCAGUGCAGCUUGCUCAUAAGUACUUUGAGCUUUUUCCAGAGCAGAAAGACCCUCUCUGGCAGAAUCCAUGUGAUGAUAAACGACACAGGGACAUCUGGUCCAGAGACAAAACUUGUGAUCAUUUACCAAAAUUCCUUGUGAUAGGACCUCAGAAAACAGGUACAACUGCACUUUAUCUAUUUCUACUUAUGCAUCCUUCUAUCAUCAGCAAUCUCCCCAGUCCAAAAACAUUUGAAGAAGUUCAGUUCUUUAAUGGAAACAACUAUCAGAAGGGAAUUGACUGGUAUAUGGAUUUUUUCCCCAUCCCUUCUAAUAUUACCAAUGAUUUUCUGUUUGAGAAGAGUGCCAACUAUUUCCACUCAGAAGAAGCUCCCAGGAGAGCAGCAUCUCUGGUUCCCAAGGCCAAGAUCAUCACCAUUCUUAUUGAUCCCUCAGACCGAGCAUACUCUUGGUACCAGCACCAGCGAUCUCAUGAGGAUCCAGCUGCCUUGAGAUUUAAUUUCUAUGAAGUUGUUACAACAGGACAUUGGGCCCCCUCUGAAUUAAAAACACUGCAGAAGAGAUGCUUGACCCCUGGAUGGUAUGCGGUCCACAUAGAGAGAUGGCUAACUUAUUUCUCUACUUCUCAGUUGCUGAUUAUUGAUGGACAACAGUUGAGAUCUGACCCAGCUGCUGUGAUGGAUGAAGUGCAGAAGUUUCUGGGAGUUACUCCUCAUUACAAUUACUCAGAAGCUCUAACGUUUGACCCUCAAAAGGGCUUUUGGUGUCAGCUACUAGAAGGAGGAAAAACCAAAUGCCUUGGGAAAAGUAAAGGGCGAAAAUAUCCAUCAAUGGAUCUAGAGUCUAGAGCAUUCCUCUCCAGUUACUACCGAGAUCAUAAUGUGGAGCUGUCCAAACUUCUGCACAGACUGGGGCAACCUCUGCCAUCGUGGCUGAGACAGGAACUGCAGAAAGUAAGAUAGCACUGGAAAGAAGGACCAGCUUUAUAUGAUAAUUACCUUUAUAAAAACAAAUCUACACAAAAGGUGUAUGCAUUUGUGAUUGUCAAUAGAGGGCUUUGUGAAUAACUUUCUCUCUGUUUCUCAAAAGAACUAAAAGAAGACAAGAAGAAAUGAAGAGGAAAGAAAAAGAAAAUUUACUAUAUAUGCAUAUACUGAUUAAUCUCUGAGUCAAUUUUUGCGAAACCAAUGCAAAAUGCAUUAUUUGACAUCCAAUAUGAGAUUCAUUAUAUUCUAUUUUCUGUUAAACAGAAAAUUUCCAAAACUGAAUGUACAGUCUUUACCAUUUUUAAAAGUCCAAUUGCAAUCUGUUAGACUAAGAGCAAGGGCCCAAUAUGUCUGUCUAUAUAUUUUGAGAUUGGGAAUAACCCCAUGUUUGAAUUCAAUGACUCACUGUUUUUUCCUUUCAUAUUAUCUACUUAAUUUUGAUAUAAUUUAUUAAAAAAAAUAAAAUCUCACACUCCAUUUAUUUUAUUUAAAUUUUCAUGACAUGGUCAUUAGUCUCCCUAGUGCUUUGCAUUUCUUCCAGUGUUGCUUGAGACCCUCAAUAAAUUCUGCUUAUUAAGAAUGUGAAGUGAAUUUAUGUUAGUUACAUCCAGAACAGAAAGGCCUUUCUCCUUUUACCUUUGGAGGAAGUAGGCUGAUCAAAAACUAUAUAAACUUUGCUGAAAUUCCUGCAAUUUUUGCUGUUUAUCCUUUGUCUGCCACUCUGGAAAAGGUCUUUCAUCAUGGUUGUGCAAACCUCCUGCCCAUAAUUGUGCUUUGAGAUAAUUUUGCAUGGAAUAUUUUUUCAUAAUGUCACUGGUGGGUAUGAGACAACAAAUCCAAUCAAGCUAUUAACCCUGUUAUUUACACCAUAAUCGUGGAAAAUAUAUGAGUGAAGUAAAGAAAAGGGCAGGGGAAAGCAGAAGUCAAAUCUUGCUUUUAAAAAAAACUGACUAUAUUUAGAUCUGUUUUAAAAGUAUCGUAAGACACAUGCAUCCUCUGUCCUCUCUAAACAUUGAAUUUAAAAAUUUGGAAACCAUGAACAUUUUUCCUUCCUAUGUGUUUUAUUUUAUUAUAGUUGUUAUGAAUCUAUGAACAGCAGUCUUCACCAAUCACAUCCUUCAUUGAAAAAGAUCAAGAUUAUAAAAAGAAGAAAAUAUCCUAUUAAUUCAUUUUGUCCUUUUAAAAAUUAUUUUCUCACCAAAUACCUUGUUUCUUAGACCACUUCAUUCAAAAAUUCUUUGUCAAUCAAAUGUUUUCCCCUUUCUACUUAAGAUAUUUCAUUGUUCUUUGAAAAUCCUAUACUUUUUAAUCUCUUUUAGUCAAUUGAAGUUUAAUGUAGUUUUGGCAAUUUGUAAAGUGCUACCACAAAUAAAAUUACCAUAGACUAACAAUACAGGCUUGCUUUGGUAAAAUCAGCCAUCAACACAGGCUUUAUGCAGAAGAGUUUUGCUUUAGGCCAAAACUUUUUUAGACUGGUUGGAACUUGGCUUCAUUAAUUUGGUAAAAAAUAAUAAUAAUAAUAAUAAUAAUAAUAAGUAAUUUUACUUAGAAUAUUACUCCUUAUGGAACUACUGAGAACUUGAAAGGACCAAUUUUUGAGAACUCAAUGUUUUUAAAAUAAAAAAUAAACCAGACCAUUAAUAGGAAACAAUCAAGUUUAGUUUUUAUUUUAUUUUUUCCCCUCAAGAUGAUGAUUUUGACACCAUUUCAAUGUGAUUGGGGUAAGGAACAAUAAAAUGUGGCUUCUUUGUUCCAUGAAAACUAGUGAUAGCUAUGAGCUUCUGAUAUUUUGGGGGAAAUUCUGAUGGUUUUUUUAUGGGGUUUUUUUUCAGUUCAGCAAAUAUACAUUGAAUACCUUCUCACCAUGACUAGGUACUUGCAGAGAACAAAGAUAAAUAAGGUAUGGUCUCUACUUGUCAGGGAGAUAUAACCAGGAAGAAAUUAGAAGACAUGGAAUCAGAAAUCCUAGAUCUAGAACUGGAAAGGAGCUUAAAGGCCAGUAGGCCCAAACCUCUUAUUUUUUAAAAAUAGGCAAACUGAAGCCCAGAGAGGCCUGGUAACUUACUCAAUGUCACAUAGAUACUAAGUAUCAUAGAUGGAAUUGGAACCUAGAUCAAAUGAUUCUGGAACUACUUGUAUUAUUAUAUUGUGUUAUUCUAAAGGGUUUCAACAUUCAUCUUUGCAAAACCUGCAAAACCAAAUUUUUCUCUUUUCCUUCCCCCUCCUCUACACACAAGGAGUGGUCUAAUGUACAAUAUACAUUAAAUAUGUGCAAUUCUCCUAUGCAUGUUUCCACAAUUAUUA